AUGCUGUUUGGCUAUUCCGGCUCCAGUCGCCCGAACAAGGCCAGACAAUCCUCCUCAGCCUCGGUCCAUUCUUCUCACUCCAAUUCGGCCGCUGAAAGGCCGUAUAAAGCGCACCCUAGAAGCCACUCGCGCGGACCGAGCACACAAUCGACUGGGAAGACCCCCGGAGGUGCAACAGCAUCUACAGACAAGUUGGUAGCGGCGGAAAGGAACACGCCCGGUGUCUUUGAUUUUCUCGAAGAGGAAGAGUCUGAGGAGAGCACUUCGUCGGAGUCAGACGACGAUGAUGUUCGUGGACUGCCCAAUGCGUCCAGAGCGCAACCAAAAUCCACAACUAUUCCCGCGACUGUCGGGUUGCAGCUAGCUAGAAAUCCCACGGCCAGUCGGAGAUCUACGAUGCAUGAUUCUCAUCAUGAAACAGGGUCUUCGACAGCGCGCUCCGGAGGCUCUCAAGACAAAAAGGGUACAGACUACCACACCACACCAGAGGCAUACUACCCUACCGUGCGGAAACCCGCCUUGCCACCAUCACCACCGAAGAGUCCAGAGGAACAGAAAUCUUCCAGAAGUAAUCCAAGGACGCGGACGAAUACCAAGUCAUUGGAUGUAUCAUCCGGGUAUGGGCUUAUCGCUUCCCGUCUCAGCAGUUCUCGUCCGGAUGAGGCGCAUCACCAGCUCCCUCCUUUGUAUCGCCGAUUUGAGCAUUUGAACCAUCGCGUGUUGCUUCACCUGCAAGACGAGAUUGCGCAGAUGGAAGAAGAACUUCACGUACUCGACGAAUAUGAAGAAAUGCACCGUUCUGUUACCGCAGACCAAGAAGGGAAAAACAAACCAACGCCUGCCUCAAGGCGCACGGAUGCGCAAGCCCAAACAUACUCCAAUUUACAUCACCGGCGAAAUGAAUUAUUGGGGUCUAUAAUAAGCAAAACCGAGCAAUAUAACAACGCUCUUUGUGCCUACAGCAAAGUCCUAGAAACCCUUCCCGGCGCCUCUAAACAAGACAUCGAAUCCUACCGGGUCUGGAUGAAAAAGCAUAAUCCCAUCACUGUCGCCGAAAGUCGUUUCCUUGAGCACGAUCAGGACCUCAUCUCCGUCACGCCUCGUUCUCUUCCUUUCAGUGGUAUCGGACUUGCUGCUUCUGUCAAUGGCAACUCUCCCUUCCCUGCUGUUGUGAUCGCGUCCACCAUCAUACUCCUCCCGCUGCUGGCAUUCAGUCUAAUAUCAGAAUUCUCUGGUCGCCUGCUCGUGGUUACGAUUGUGGCCGGUGCGGUAUCGGCUUUCGCAAGUAAUUUCUCGACCGGGAUUGAGCGUUUGAUAGAUGCGAAGGAUGGAUGGAAAUGCGCUGGAGCGUAUUUCGGAUUCAUGGCGGUGGCUGCUAUGUUUAUUCCUUGA